ACUCAGCAGCCACUUGCCAGCGGGGCCUGGUCAGCGCGCUCUGCGGGGGCGGGGGGCUCCGGGGCGGGCCGCGGGGCAGACCCUCCGGCCGGGCGAGGACCUUAACGCUUCCCUUCUCCGCCCCCUUUUGUGUUUCGCCUCAGAGCUGCCGGCCGCCGGGGGAGUCCGGGCCGCCCCCGCGCCCCGGGGGUCGUUCCCUCGCAUCCUCCCGGCCUCGGGAAGGCAGAGGCGGCGGCGGCUGGAGCCGGGCGGGGCGGCCUGAGGUGAGAGCCCGGCCGGUCCCGCUGGGAAUAUGGCGACCGGUGGCUACCGGACCAGCAGCGGCAGCAGCGGCAGCACCACAGACUUCCUGGAGGAGUGGAAGGCGAAGCGCGAGAAGAUGCGUGCGAAGCAGAACCCCCCGGGCCCGGCCCCUCCGAGCGGGGGCGGCAGCGACGCGACCGGGAAGCCCCCAGCGGGGGCCCUGGGCCCCGCCGCCGCCGCCGCCGCCGCCGCCGCCGCCGCCGCCGCGGCCAACGAGCUCAACAACAACCUCCCGGGCGGCGCGGCCGCACCUGCCGCCCCCGGCUCUGGGGGCGUGAACUGCGCCGUGGGCCCAGCGGCGCUGCCCCGGUCCGCCCCCGGCCCCCGGCGGCCCGAGGACGAGCCGCCCCCCACGGCCGCCGCCGCGGUCUCCGCCUCGGGGGCACCGCCGGCCCGGGGCGACGAGGAGGAGCGCGACGGCGCCCCGGAGAAGGGCAAGAGUGCGGGCCCCAGUGCCAGGAAAGGCAAGGGGCAAAUCGAGAAGAGAAAGCUGCGGGAGAAGCGUCGCUCCACCGGCGUGGUCAACAUCCCCACGGCGGAGUGCUUAGAUGAAUAUGAAGAUGAUGAAGCAGGGCAGAAAGAGCGGAAACGUGAAGAUGCAAUUACACAACAGAACACGAUGCAGAAUGAAGCUGUCAGCUUAUUAGAUCCAGGCAGUUCCUACCUGCUACAAGACCCAUCUAGAACGGUUUCAGGCAGAUAUAAAAGCACAACUGCCUCUGAAGAAGAUGUCUCAAGUAGAUAUCCCCGAACAGAUAGAAGUGGGUUCAGCAGAUACAACAGGGAUGCAAAUGCUUCAGGUAAUUUGGUCUCAAGUAGCAUGUUGGAAAAGAAAAUUGAAGAUCUUGAAAAGGAAGUAGUAAGAGAAAGGCAAGAAAACUUAAGACUUGUGAGACUAAUGCAAGAUAAAGAGGAAAUGAUCGGAAAACUCAAAGAAGAAAUUGAUUUGUUAAAUAGAGACCUAGAUGACAUAGAAGAUGAAAAUGAACAACUAAAGCAGGAAAAUAAAACUCUUUUGAAAGUUGUUGGUCAGCUAACAAGGUAGAAGAUUCAAGUCCCAGUGUGGAAAAAAUAUUUUAAAACUACUGAUUGAAUGUUAUAGUUGAUGGUGGGGACAAUAUUCCUAUGCUGCAAUAC